UCAAAUGUAAGUCCUGCUUGCCCUCUUGUAUCAAAGCCACCCACAUCGUUUGAAUUAAUUUCGUGGAAUAUUAAGAACCCUAGUUUUUCCUCCCAAAGAAAUCACGGCCCCACCGCUUUCGACCGGACUCCGAACCCUGUAUCCAUCCCUAAUCUUUGUUCCUUGCGCCUGGGUCUCCAUGGAUCCCGGCGAGGGGAGGGAGCUCCCGAUCGCCGGCGAGCUCGACGAGGAAACGAUCGCGAGGCAGAAGUCCCGCCGGGUGAGCUUUGCCGACAUCACCGCUAUCCAUGUCUUCGACCGCGACGACGACUGCGAGACUCCGCCGGACUCGAGGCAGGUCUCCGCCGAUGGAGGCGCGGACGUGGAGGCGGUAGGGUUCCACGAGGGUGUCCCUGACGGCGACGGUUCCAAGGUGUCGCUCCGUGGGCGGGAGGAUGAAGACGAUGACGAGAACGAGGAGGACGAUGAGGACGACGGCGAACAGGAGCGGUUGGCGUACGACCUAAAGCCCACCGACUACUUGGACCAGCUGUGCUCGAUGGGCUACAACUCGACUCAGCUUGCCCACUUCACCGACCCGCCCUACGCUUGCCCUAAGCAGAAGAUCGAGGAGCACAACCUGAACUACCCCGUGAUAGCCUCCGCUAUCCUCCUCUCGGCUGCCGGCCGGACAGCGGAAAAGCUGAGCCUCCCGGCGCUGCAGUCCAAGAUGAAGUGCGACCCCGAGGGGUACGAGGCGGAGCUCCAACUCCUCUACCGCCACUUCGAGUCCUCCCUCCACCUCUUCCGCUGCCAGUCCGCCCUUAGGCCCUCCUCCGACCUCUCCCUGGCCAAGGAUCUCGGGGACUUGGUCAUGUUCAUCGCCCAUGUCACCCCUUUCUACCCGGAUAAGCUUGCAAACUUCCCCCAACAGGUGGCCGACCUCCUCCGUGUCGAAUCCCGCGCCCUUCCGUCAUCGUUGAGGUGUCAUCUUGUGCAAGCCCUGAUCCUCCUCGUCAAUAGAAAGAUCAUUGAUAUUGAAGAAACCCUCGAAUUGUUUAUGGACCUUCAGAUUCUUGGUGACCGGACCUUAAGAAAACUGGCCUUUUCACAUGUCGUACAUAACAUUCGACGCAUGAACCAGAAGCACAAGAACGAAGCCAAGAAUCGCAAACUGCAGAAUACUCUUUUUUUUAUGCUGCAGGGGGAGGAGGAACAGAGGGCCAAAAGGUCGCUUGUUAUUCUUUGUGAUCUGCAUAGACGGAGGGUGUGGUUUGAUUAUCGUACAGCUAAUGCCAUUUGCACUGCCUGUUUCCAUUCGUCUUCAAGGAUUAUGAUAUCUGCUCUCUCAUUUCUUCUUGGUUAUGAACAAAUUGAAGAGGAGGAUGACUGUGAAGCCUCAAGCAGUGAAGACGAUACAACUAGUCAACAGCCUAUUACUCUUAGCCGAGAAGCUAUUUACAAGGCAAAUCAUAAAGGUACGGUUGCCAGCAAGAAAAAAAAGAAGGCAAAGUUGCAGCGUGUGAUACGCAACAUGAAAAGGCAGCAGCGAAUAACAUCACAAAGUAACAGCUCCGGUUACUAUUCACCUCUUACUCAUUUAAAAGAUGCACAGGGUUUCGCUGAGAAACUGUUCUCUCGCCUUCAAAGAUGCAAUGAACGCUUUGAGGAUAGGAUGAUGAUGUUGAAAGUAAUAGCCAGAACUGUUGGAUUGCACUGUCUGAUCUUGUUAAAUUUUUAUCCGUUUCUUCAAAAAUAUGUUCAGCCUCAUCAACGUGAUGUCACCGAUUUGCUUGCUGCAGCUGUCCAGGCCUGCCAUGAUAUGGUACCUCCUGAUGCGGUUGAAUCCUUAUUUAAACAAAUUGUGAAUCAAUUUGUGCAUGAUCGUUCUCGCACAGAGAUACUGCCGAAAAUGAUAUUACUUUCAGCCAUUGCUGUUGGGCUGAAUGUUGUGAGGGAGAUCUGUAUCAGGAUGCCUUUGUUAAUGAAUGAAGAUCUGCUUCAAGACUUGGUCUUAUACAAAAAAUCACAUGAGAAGGCAGUUUCUUCAGCAGCUCGCUCCUUGAUAACUUUAUUCAGAGAGAUAUGCCCUUCUUUAUUGGUCAAAAAGGACCGUGGCCGUCCGGUCAAUCCCAAAGCAAGGCCAAAAGCAUAUGGAGAAGUUAGUAUAGCUACUGAUGUGCCUGACAUAGAGUUGCUGGAACACGUUGAUAACUCGAUGACUGACAGUUCUGAUGCUGAGGCUUCUGCAUCAGAUUUGGAUGAUGAGUAUGACAGUGAUGCUGAGACAGAGAAAGAGGAUGAUUCUUUGGAAGAUGAAGAAGAAGAGGAUGAUGAGGUUUCAGAUGAAAAAAAUGAAGAAGAUUUAGGUAACAGUGAUAACAUUGAUGGGGAGGAAGAUGAUGGUGAUGAUCUUGAUGAUGAUAUUGAUGAGAAUGCUGCCUAUGAUGAAUAUGAUAGUGAUACUAAAGAAGAUGUGGAUCUUAGUGAUGAUAAUAUGGAUAUCUCCAGUGAGCUAGAUGCAUCAAGGAAAAAGUCUUCUAAUGACAUCUGCAAUGAUGAUGACCUCAGUAAUCAUGAAUGCGCUUGUGAUGACAACGAUGAAAUAAAGGAAGAGGAGAAGGCCAAAUCAAAGAAGAGGAAGUUUGCGGAUUAUGUUGGACAACUGAAUACUUCAGAAUCAAGUCUUCGCACCCUUAAAAGACUAACAAUGGCCAAGAUGUCACAGAAAGCAUCAGAUGAAACAGAUGGAAUUCUUUCUAAUGAAGAUUUUCAACGUAUAAAAGAGUUGAAGGCAAAGAAAGAAGCAAAGCUGGUUAUGGCUCAGCAAGGUCUUUUGAGAAAGGGCAUAGACUCGAAAGUCUCAUCUUUCAAAAUUCCCUCUUCUGAGCAAUUAAGUAUAAAGCCAGUGGAUCCUGCUAUGCUAGAGGUCCACAUUAAAAGAAAGCUUAGCAAGGAGGAACGACUGGCCCUAGUAAGAGCUGGGAGGGAGGAUAGAGGAAAGUAUCAGGCCAGAACUGCUGUGAAACAAAAAAAGACGGGUGGUCUAAGCAAUCGCCAAAAGGAACAUAAAAAGAAGAUGCCUCUUUCUGCCAAAAGAGCAAAAGUAGCUCGCUCUAGGCAGGAGAAAAAACAGCGGCAAAGGCGGUCAGGCAAGCAGUUCCAGGGAAGGAAAACAUGGAAGUGAAAAUUUCAUAGCUUCCUAAAAUUUCAUGGCUUCGUAAAGUGACAAGAUUUCGUAAAAUUUUGACCCCAUGCAGUUUCUUCCAUUAGAAAAUUUCAUUUCAAAAGUUAUGAUUUCUGCUUAGAAUUUUGAUUUAUUUUCUUCUGUUGUGUAAAUCUUUAGCUGAUUUCAGAUGAGCUAUAUGUAAAUCAAAGCUGCCUUUUGUCUUAGUUGAAUGCUGUUGCAAGGAAAUAGAGCAACAGAUUUUAUUGAUUGUGUUUCAA